AAGUGGAAUAUGGCGGCACUUUUGCGGUGCACGGGCACGGCAGUGGCGGUUCUUCUACUUGGUGUUUCGGUCAUUCGGUGGCGUGUGGCGGCGGCGCAUCUCUUCGUGCGUGUGGCAGUGCUUGGCGGCGGGGAUUCUCCGGUGGCUUUGUUACAGAGUAAGUAUAUUCCAUUUCCAAGAAAGCACGAAUUCCAUUGGCUUCAAAUCUUUCGAUGUUCCUAGCUACAACGACGUACGCCAAAGGGCAAACCGACCAAAGGCAAGGAAUCCACGGAUUCCAUACGAGUCGCGCAAACUCCAAAGGUGAUCUGAUCUCGAACACGCUCACGUGAACUCCAGUUGGUCUAGCGGCAAUUCUUUACCCUCACAUGCACACCUCUUCAAAUUCAAUCGAGCUCCUGACAAUUAGCGCAGCUCGAUAAAAGAUUACUCGCAGAGGCGACGGGUUACUCGCAGCUGGACUCGUGAUUACACGUAGGAUUAAUUGAGCAGCAGCAUAAAAGGGUCCAUCAUCAGAAAAGGCGGCUUUGCUUCCGUUUCCUCUUUUCUUUGCCACGAUGCUGCCGUCGUCCUGCAGGAAGAGUGCCGCCCUCGCCGCCGUUGCGUUGUCUUCCUCCGUCGUCCUCCUGCUCCACGCUGUCGCUGCCUUCUCUCUCCCGGCAGCCUCGGCGCUCUCCGUCGGGCUGGCGCGGCGCCACCGGCACGACGCCACGCCCGGGCUUCAGGCCGCCGGCUGCGACGUCUUCAGUGGCAGCUGGGUCCUCGACGGCGGCUCGGCGGCGUCGUACACCGGGUACAACUGCCCGCUCAUCGACGCGGAGUUCAACUGCCAGCUCUACGGCCGCCCGGACUCCGACUACCUCCGGUACGUCUGGAAGCCGGCCGGCUGCGAGCUACCGAGGUUCGAUGGCGCAGACUUCUUGACGCGGAUGAAGGGGAAGACGGUGAUGUUCGUGGGUGACUCGCUGGGCCGCAACCAGUGGGAGUCGCUCGUCUGCCUGCUGCACGCCGCCGUGCCGCAGUCGCCGGCGCAGCUCGUCUCCGCGGACCCUCUGUACACCUACAAGUUCCUGGAGUACCAGGUGACGGUGUCCUUCUACCGCGCGCCGUACCUGGUGGACAUCGACGUGGUCCAGGGGAAGCGGGUGCUGAUGCUGGACGACAUCUCCGAGAACGCCGAGGCGUGGCGCGACGCCGACGUGCUCUCCUUCAACUCCGGCCACUGGUGGACGCACACCGGCUCGAUGCAGGGGUGGGACUACAUGGGCACGUCUGGCCGAUACUACGAGGACAUGGACCGCACGGUGGCAUUCCAGCGCGGCCUCACCACCUGGGCCAACUGGGUGGACCUCAACCUCGAUCAAGCCAAGACCCGUGUCUUCUUCCAGUCCAUGUCGCCCACGCACUACAGCUCGAAGGAAUGGCCCAACCCGGUAUCGAAGAACUGCUACGGCGAGACGGCACCGGUGACUGGGCUGAACUCGACCGGCCAGGCCUCGGGCCAGGACCAGGUGAUCCAGGCCGUGCUGCGGGGCAUGAAGAGCCCCGUCCGUCUCCUCGACAUCACGGCGCUGUCGGCGAUGCGCAAGGACGCGCACCCAUCGGUGUACAGCGGCGACUUCUCGCCGGCGCAGCGUGCCAACCCCGGCGCCGGCGGCUCCGUUGACUGCAGCCACUGGUGCCUUCCCGGCCUCCCGGACACCUGGAACCAGCUCUUCUACACACUCCUCUUCUACAAAUAAGUAGUGACACUGACAUAGGCACAUAGCAAGUCUUACCCAUACAGCUAGCACAGGUCGCUGGCCAUGUUGUCACAAAGCAUUUGAUUUUUUUUUUCGGUGUGUGUAAACUGUAAAACUAGUGUGAAGUUGUAUUGGCGGGAGAAAUGCGUCGAUAACGUUUAAAUAGGAGUGAAGAACUGCAAUCUCGGUUCAAUUGAUCUCCUUUAUUCA